AUGGGUCGGCCGGCAGCAGGGGGAUCGCGGGGGCCCGCGGCCGGCAGCGACGACGGCGCGGAGGUGUUCGAUUUCCUGGCGGCGAUCGUUAACGAUAUGGAGCAGGCAGGGGGGGGCAUGGAUCUCGAGCUGAGGGGCAAGAUCGAGGAGCUGCGAGCCGUGUCCUCAGCCAGUGUGGCGCAGACCAACUCGUCCAUGGAGCAGAUGCAGCAGCAGUUUGUGGCGUUGAGCCGGAGGCUGGGGGAUCUGGACAGGAGGGUGACGUCAGCCAUGCAGGACCCCACCAUGCGCCUCGUGCUGCAGGGCAGUGCGCCACUCUUCUCCCCCUCCCUGGGGGAAGGGGAGGACCGCCCUUCUCCCCCCUCCCUGGGGGAGGAGGGGGAGAGAGAGGGGGAUUUGGAGAGGAGAGGGGAGGGGAGUCAAGGAGUGGGGAGGGAGGGGGGCGAAGUGGGGGAGGGAAGUGGUGAGGCCGGGGGGAGCGGAGGGGUGAGAAGGGGAAGUGGGGGGAGUGGUGAGGAUGAGAGGAGGGAAGGUGAGGAGAGGAGGGAGGAAGAUGGGGGAAGGGGUGAUGGUGCUGGGGCCAGUGGUCGUGUGGGUGAAGGUGCCGUUGGGAGCAGCAGUGCAAGUGGUGAUCCUGCCAUUGCCGGUAGUGCUAACACCUAG